GCCAUUCCACGAUAAUGCCGUACUACCUCGCGAAUAUUCGUACGAAACGCAUAGCGACCUAGGGUUUAUCGCGAGAGGGACAUGGCGGCCAAGAUCCAGCUUCCCUCCACAUUCCUCUCGUAUCUCAUCAUGUUCACGGCGGCGUUCACCGGCGCAUCGAUCGUCCAUAACAUCGCCAAGCCGGAUCUGAGAUUGCCGAAGGUCGAUGAAGCAGGCAACAAGAUAGAUGCUCGCGAUUCUUCUGAUUCUAGGGGAUGAAGGAAGAAUGCCGCUCUAUUGCGAUCGAGAAAGCCACAGCUUAGCAGCUCUGGCCAGCUUUCGCUCCAUCUGACGAUCCUCCCAUCCAUCCUGGUGCCUCUCUCCCUCUCAGCCAGAGCCGCGCAAGCCAUGAGAGCCACCACUAAAGUAGCACCGCUAGGUGAGGAGCUUGGAGAGAGGGAUGGCUGUCUAGCGGCCAAGUGUGGCUGGGACUCCAACCUCUUCGUGGCCAACACGCUCAUUGGUAUGUACUCAAAGUGUGGCUGUGUAGCCGAGGCUUGCGCUGUUUUCUCCAGGUUGACGCUCUGUCUUGGAACUCUCUCAUGCUCACUGCACUCUCUGGCUAUGGAGCUCGGCUUUGUGUCGGAUGUCUACGUUGGAAGCACGCUGGUGGACAUGUACGCGAGCUGUGGGAGACUGGACCGUGCUCGAGAGGUGUUUGAGAAGAUGAGGCAGCGGGAUGCUGUGUCGUGGACCACCAUGAUCCAGGGAUGCAUAGACAACGAGGAAGGGGAGAUGGCUUUGCAGCUGUUUCGACGUGUGAGCUCCUGCGAAGAUGGUGUUCUACCCGAUGGUUCCACCUACGUGGCGGCGUUAACGGCUUGCGCUGGCCUGGCUGCGAGAGAAGUUGGAUUCCAAUGUGCUCGUAUGAGGAUCCGGGAAAGCUGGUGAAGCUCCAGUCUCUGCAGAAGGGGAUGGAGAUCCACAGGCAGGCUCCUACUCUUCGGACUUCUUCGUGGCCAGCUCCUUGGUGGUGAUGUAUGCCAAGUGUGGAAGUAUGGCGGAUGCUCGGGCAAUCUUCGACAGGCUUCCUCGUUAUGAUGCGGUGUGCUGGACGGCACUGAUACUCCGCUACGCGGAGAGCGACGAGACCGAGCUAGCUUUGGAGCUCUUCUGGUGCAUGCAACGAGAAGUAGGCUGUCUUCCGAGCUCUCGGACGAUUGUCACAGCACUGGUAGCUUGCACGGGACUGGCAGCGAAGGAACAAGGUCAGCAGAUUGAUGGAAAGCUCGUGAAAGUCUCGUGUUUGGACAAAGGCAUGGCCAUCCACUGUGAAGCUGCGAAGUUCGGGUGGGAUUGUGACGUAUUCGUAGCCAGCAGUCUCGUCGACUUUUAUGGGAAGUGCGGAAGCGUGCUGAAUGCGCGGCUUACCUUUGACAGAAUGCCGCGGCAUGACAGGGUGGUGUGGACAGCGAUGAUCCAGGCCUGUGGAGAGAAUGGAGAGGAUGAAGCGGCAGUGGAGUUAUUCCAUUGCAUGGAGACUCGGGGGCUGCUGCCAAACGCUUGGACCUCUGUCGCUGCGCUGAGUUCCAUUGCUACUGUGGCUGCUGCAAUGGAAGAAGAGGACUGCGUGGGGACGGACUACUUGGAGAGGGUGACGAGCAUCCACUCUCGCUGCCGAGACGUCCACUUUUAUCAUGGAGAACACGCUGAUUGACGCCUACUCCAAAUGCGGUAGCGUGAUGGAUGCCCGGAAGGUGUUCGAGUCCUGGAACGCUCUCAUACUUGGGCUCGUAGACAACGGGGAAGCCGAGCUUGCGACCGAGAUGUUCGCACACAUGACGCAGAACGAGAGCAGUCCAGCAGCGGCAGACACCCGGACUUUCGCCGCCGUGGUCACGGCUUGGAGCAACUUGGCAGCCUUGGAGACUGGAAAGCUCGUCCACGCUCGCGUUUGCCGGCUGGGGGUGGAGUGCGAGCCAUACGUAUCCAAUUCCCUGGUGGGACUCUACAGCAGAUGCGGGUCUAUAAGCGACGCCGAGGAGCUCUUUGGUUCCAUCAGCGACCGGAAGAGCGUGGUGGCAUGGUCGGCGCUGCUAGCCGGAUACAGCAGCCAGGGAGCUUGCGAGAAAGCGUUUAGCUUUCUCGAAGGAUCCACAGGGAAGGCUUAGUAUGGCGUGGUGCAGGAGCUCAAGCACUACCACUGCAUGAUCGAUAUGCUUGGAAGGGCCAACCUGGUGGGUGAAGCGGUGGAGACGGUGGAAACCAUGCCGUAUAGAGCAACAGCCAUGACUUGGACGAUUGUCUUGGCGGCGUGUCACAAAUGGAACAAUCACGCCGCUGGGAUUGGUGAAGCUGGAGCCAGAGAACGCGGCGGCCUACUUACAGCCACCGGGAGGUUGAUCUCUCUCGCAAUUAGUCGGUUUGGUUCCACUUCAGUUGAAAGUCUGAUGUCAGCACCUAGAAUGUUACAUGGAUUUGAUGUGGUGCCUAUGUGGCACCCUGAGA